AUUUGAGUGCAACCAAAGAAUGCCGAUGAAACGUGAUAUCUGUCGCAAACUUCGGUCUGCCAUCGAUGACGUAUAGGAGCCGUGAUCAGCAGUUCCUGCGAGAUCUCACCGCCGUUUAUCUUGUAGGAAUGUUCAAGAAAGAUGAGGAUCUUUCAUCGUGGGUUUCUCGACCGCCUUCUUUGGAUAUUUCUCUUGCUUUCCGUGAUCUACUUAUUGUACACAUACUCCCAGUCAAAUGAACAGGAGGUGAGCGGAAUUCGACAAGUAAUUCGGCAUAUGACAAAGGGAGAUGCAUUGGGAAUGGCUCAAGAGAAGAAAGGAAAAUGUUUCCCUGUACAACACAUUCUUUUCCUAAAAACACACAAGACUGGUUCAAGUACGAUGGCAAAUAUCUUUUUUCGCUACGGAAACUCGAAAAACCUUACUUUUGUCUUAUCACCGGGCACUCUUCUGGGAUGGCCACAUAAAUUCCACAUAACUCAUCCCCUUCGCCUCUUUAGCAAAGCACCCAACAUCUUAUGUAGUCACGCUAGAUUUAACAAGGAACCGAUGAACUGGCUUUUUCCAAAAGAAACUAGCAAAUACGUUACAAUUUUACGGAAUCCAGUGGACAACUUUGAGUCGGUGUUUAAUUUUGCACAGCUUGGGAAAUCCCUUGGUUUCGGUGACAAUUUGGACGGUUUGGAAAGAUUUUUAACGAAAGGAAUAGAUUUUAACAGGACCCAUAAUGGUUUGAUGUCCCAUCUGGCGAGAAAUCCGAUGAUGUUUGAUUUGGGUCUGAAUUACAAGUUUUAUCAGAAUCUUACUGCUGUCCAAAAAUACGUACGAUUCUUGGACAAAGAGUUUGACCUUGUUAUGAUAAUGGACUAUUUUGAUGAAUCACUGGUGCUGAUGAAACGACUGCUCUGCUGGGAACUAGAAGACAUUUUGUAUGUGAAACUCAACGCAAGACUAGAUAAAGAAAUAGCGAGAAAUUUAAGCAAAACUGUUCAAGAGAAUAUCAAACGAUGGAAUAUGGCAGACGUUUUGCUGUUUGAUCAUUUCAACGCAACUUUUUGGAGAAAAGUGAAAAUGGAAGGUCCAAGCUUUAAUGACGAUCUGAUUGCAUUUCGGCGCAGGAAAGAAGAGACAAAGCGUUUGUGUUUAAAGGACGAGAUGCAACAAGAAAGAGCGUACCAUGAAAAGUUUGUUAAGGGAUAUUUAGUUCGAAACGACUUAACUCCACGUUUGAAGGUUUGGUGUGGACAUUUCGUGAGGAAGGAAAAUUCUUUCCUGGAUUACCUCCGUAAAACACGUUUGAUUAAAUUGAGGAAUGCUGGCCUGGAUAAAUUUAUUAGGGUUGAAAAGGAAACCGAUUGGAAUAUAGCUAAAGAUCUGCAAUAUAAGCCAAUAACAUCAACACAGAUAAUUCAUUAGAAAACUAUGUAUUAUUUACAAUAAAGAAAAUUUCAAAUUUAA